CGCCCAACACAAAUCGCAUACGAACUACCACCACUCGCAACAAGUGUUCUCGUUCCUUCUUGCGCAACGUCUCCCUAUCCACUUGAGGUCUCUCUGCUGAGACAGUCUCGCCCACUCACUCAGAGCAAACAAGAUAGAAGGGCUUGCAGAACAUACCCCCAACUCAAUCCCUUCUCCGUAUCUCCGCGCACGGAAUGCAUCUCUGUUCCUUAGGUGUCUUCCGAAGUUGUUUCCCGUCCACCCACAAACGCCCUACUCGCCGACAGAACAGCACCAGCACCAGCGGAACCCUGCACUCAAACCUAGACUUACGGCGUCCCAUCAACAUCAGCGCCCCUUUAGGACUCUUCCAACCGCUCGGAGGCCCCAGACCGCCGCCUCAGCCUGACCAUAAAUCACGAGUGAAACUUCAGAAGAUACGUCAAUUCCGUCGGCCGGUUACGAUCCCGUAUAAGCGGUUCAGCCUCCCACCCGCACCCACUCUCCCACCUUCCACCGCCCCUCGCACAUCAAUGACAGUGACCUUCCUCCCCCUCGAGCUCAUCGCCGAGAUCCUCCUCGCCAGCGACGGCCGCACGCUCGCCCGCUGUGCCCGCGUCUGCAAGCUCUGGAACAACCUCGCCACCCCGACAGUCUACGCCGUUCCCGAGAUCGCGAGCGCAUCCGCGUUCGAGAAGUUUCUCCAAACCAUCGAAAAGAACAAAACCCUGGGCGAGCUGGUCCGCGAACUCAACCUCCUCAGCGCGCCCGGCCACUGGGAAUUCGUCAACAACGCAGCCCUAGAGCGACUCCUAAACGCCUGCCCACAUAUAACCCACCUCGACCUCGAAGGCUGUCGAUCCCUGUACGACCGCGCCCUCCCCGCCCUCGCGAAAACAACACACCUCCAAUCCCUCUCGCUAGCCUACUGCGACCGCCUCACAGACGCAGGCGUCCGCGACGCCAUCGCCCUCCUCCCCCACCUCCGCCACCUCGAACUCAAAUGCCUCCCCUUUGUCACCGACGACGCCCUCGAACCCCUCGCGCGGCAUCCACCGGCUCUCCCACACCUUGAAUCCCUGAAUAUAGCGGGCACGAACGCGUCGGAUAUGCAUCUCCCCGCGAUCAUCAAGAACCUGGCGCAUCUGACCUUCUUGGACAUCUCGGGAACGCACUGCGUGCAGCGGUUCCUCGAGACGUGUGGGGACACCCUGCCGGCGGGGCUGGAGCUUGUGGUGGACUCGUUGGAGGGCUUCGAGAGCUGGGAGAAUGUGGGGAACGAGAAUGAUAUGACUGAGCCGGAUUGGGGCAACCUGACAGACGACGACGAUGCGCAGAUAGGCUGGGGCGCGACCGUGCACGCGUUCACCAUGUCGCUCGACAUCUGAAAACAGCCCCGAGGCCCCAGUUCCACCGAGCGCAAGCCUGGAAUCAGAGAGGUGCACACGCCACACUCGCUAGGCAGGCAACGCUGCACUGAAGAUGUCCGCAGAGUUGAUGUAUAGACUUCCCAGCCGCUGGUGGAUUCUGUCGUGCCGGGUGGAUGGCCUCCCGCUACAUAUGCGGUAUCUGGGACGACUUGGGGGCUGAUGAGGGGCCGGAGUGUCAACGAGGGGAGUUACACAUUUGCCCAAGUUCCGUGCCGACCAUCGAAGCGGGUUCCCGCUGGGUUCCCCCGUGAUAGACAUCUCGCGUGCGUUUCCCCGCAAUAUCUUCCGCUCUUUCCCGUUGGCAGUUGGAAAUCAUCCCUUCUCCCAUCCCACUUCUCACUACCUCUUGCUCAGAUACAAUAUACUCCCCCC